AUGGAAACAAUUGAUUUUCUGAGCUUCAUUGGCAACAACUCAGGUGAAACAACUCAGGCAUCCUCUCAGGCAUCAACUCAGCCAUCAUCUGUUGAAACAACUCAGGCAUCAUCUCAAGAAACUACUCAGGCAGCAACCCAGGCAACAGCUCAGGCAACAACUCAUGCAGGAACUCAGUCAACAAGUCAGGCAGCAACCCUGGCAACAACUCAGGCAACAACCGAACAAAAUGAACGCAGGAAAUACAUGAAAGAUGUGGAAAGGAAGGUGUGCAUAGAAAGCCUACUACAUGCAGCAACAAACCUGAAGCUACCUCCAGGGACAAUUAAUAAACUUUCCCACAUUCAUGGUGUUAGUAGGUGGACUUUGCAAAGGAUAUGGAAGCAUGUGAAGCUUAGUGUGCGUUUGAAACAAAGCAUCAAAAUCAGCAAAAAUCAAAAAGGAAAGGCUGGCAGAAAACCAAUUCAACUGAAUGUUGAACAAUUGAUGGCAGUCCCCUUGAAAAAAAGGGGGAACAUUAGGUCAUUAGCUUCAGCAAUGAAAAUAAACAAGUCAACAGUUGGGAGGUUUGUAAAGAAAGGCAAGAUCUUAAGGCAUAGUAAUGCAAUCAAACCAACACUUACAGCUGUGAAUAAGAUACAAAGGCUACGAUGGUGCAUGCAACAAGUAAUCUCAAGCACAAUUAAUACCAUCCCCCGAUUUGGAGAUAUGUAUAACGUGGUUCACAUUGAUGAGAAAUGGUUUUUUAUGACAAAAAACUCACAAACAUUUUAUUUGGCACCAAAUGAAGUACGUCCUUACCGGAAUUGUAAGUCUAAAAGGUACGAUACCAAAGUAAUGUUUGAGGUUGCAUUGUCCAGAGCAGUUCAUGGACCGGAUAAUGAAUGUUUGUUUGAUGGGGAGUUAGGAUGUUUCCCAUUGACAGAAGCAAAUUGGCCAAUUGAUGCAUGUGGAACCAUUUGGGUUCAACAAGAUAAUGCUACACAACAUUUGCAACUACAUGACAUUGAAUUCAGAAACGCAGCAAACACAGAAGGUUUCAACAUACAUCUUAUAGCACAACCCCCAAACAGUCCGGACUUAAAUGUUCUCGACUUAGGGUUCUUUAAUACAAUUCAAGCAAUCCAACACCAACAAGCCCCUAGAAACGUGGACGAGCUAGUAAGUGCUGUCAAGUAUGCUUAUGAAAUUUUUGAGCCUCGUAAAGUUAAUCAUGUGUUUCUUAGCCUACAAUAUUGCAUGCUUGAGAUAAUGAUGGUGCAAGGUUCAAAUAAUUAUAUACAACCACAUCAUGCAAAGGAAAGGAUGGAAAGAGCAGGAAAUUUGCCAACAUACAUAGAAGUCCCUAUUCAGUUGCUAAAAGAAAGUAUGACUUCUUUGCUACAACAACACAUGGAAUUACAUGGAUUGACAAACACUGUUCAGGAACCAGAAGAAAGGGCAGAGGCAGAAACAGAGUAG